AUGACGGUUAUUCCUUGCCUCCGGUGCGGUUCCUGUGCUCACUUCCCGCCACAUCAUUUCUAUCUGAAGCACGGCUACAACCUGACCUCGGACCUCCCGGUCCUUAUUUGGGGUGAAGGCAACCUGAAUAUUCAAUCCGGCUCCCCUGGCUUAUGUCAUGUAGUGUUGGACUCAGAAGAUGCAGGCCAAGGAUACAUCAAUGGCUUCCGGGACACGCUGUCAGUGAGAAUUGGACUGAUACUACUUCUCGGGCAAGCUUCACCCUUCCAGAAGACGAAGCCAAUAAUAGUGGCGCUGCUGCUUGUUCGGGCGCGUACAUCUCGUUUCCUCCAGUACUGCCAUACGCUUCGAGUUUUGGUCAACGUCAAGGCCGUGGGACCUCUGGACUAUUCUUCGCCCACGGUCGAUAUUGGCCCGUACCUCGACCUCGAACUCAGCCCGACCACCGCGACUCGGAAGACCCAGGUCAUCACCGUCACCGAUCCCGUCGACCAUGUGGAAUUACCUGCGCAGUAUCUACGGGGAGUUCAGGGGCCAAGGCAAGCCUUAAUUUUCUCAAAAACUGUAGCACCUAAACUGACACCGUACUUUAAUUACAGUGCUGCCCAGCUACGCCAACUCCAAGACCAUACGUACCCCAUGAGGGUGCAGCAUGCUGGCUACAAGCUAUAG